CACCAGGAUCGAGAAUCAGCGUGGAACAUGUGGAAAAUGCGGCACUCCAUUAGCAACCUGAUACAGGAUAUUAACACAAGGCUCAAGAUCAUUAAGGAGAUAAAUGAGAGGUAUCCGAUGAUGGUCCCCACCAAUUCAGUUAGUUUGGAAACGAACACAUACUAUAAUGUGAGAGCAGCUCCUUUGAUCCUCGGCUGGGGCAAUAACACUGUGGGCAUUGACGAGCCUAAAAGGAAGUUGGUUUCUUGGGCAUUGGAGUCGAAUCAGAAACUCAAGGUUAUGUUCGUGGUGGGGAUGGCUGGGUUGGGCAAGACAACGCUUGCCCGCAGUGUGUACGAGGAGGUGAAGGAGCACUUUGAUUGUCAUGCCUGGAUCAUUGCCUCAAAGUACCAAACCAUAGAGGAAACCUUACAGAGCUUGUUGGAGGAACUUGGCUCUUCGACAGAGGGGUCCGACAUAGUUCUUCUGAUGCAGAGACUGCACAAUUUUCUCCAACACAAACGGUACGUUAUAGUUGUUGACAAUUUAUGGGUAAAAGAUGUGUGGGAACCCAUUAGACUUGCCUUGCCUGAUGGUAAUGACAAUAGAAUAAUUAUCACUACAAGAAGAGGCGAUAUAGCUAAUUCUUGUAGAGAUGAUGAUUCUAUUGAUAUCCACAAGGUUCAGCCACUGUCACCACAUUGGGCUGAGCAACUCUUUUAUAAGAAAGCUUUCUCAGGAGAUGGCAGCUGUCCUUCAGGCUUGGAGGAAGUCUCCAAAUCCAUCUUACAGAAAUGUGAUGGAUUACCUCUUGGGAUUAUUGAAAUCAGUAGGGUCUUGCGGAGUAAGCCUCGUCAAACUAAAUACGAGUGGAAAAAAUUAGAUGAUAGCCUUGAGUCUGAAUUGAGAAGCGGUGGUGCCCUUUCAGCUAUUAUGAGAGUGUUUUCUACAAGUUACAAGGAUUUACCUUACCACCUCAAGUAUUGCUUCUUAUAUAUGAGUAUUUUUCCGGAAAAUAAUCCAGUUAAGCGAAGAAGACUGAUUCGGCUAUGGAUAGCUGAGGGAUUUGUAACAGAGGAGAGAGGCAAGACUUUUGAAGAGGUGGGGGAAGAGUACCUGAAUGAGCUUAUUGGCAGGAAUCUGAUAAAGGCAAAUGAAAUGGACUUUGAUGAAAGGCCAAUAACUGUCUGAAUUGAGAAGCGGUGGUGGCCUUUCAGAUAUUAUGAGAGUGCUUUCUGCAAGUUACAAGGAUUUACCUUACCAUCUCAAGUAUUGCUUCUUAUACAUGAGUAUUUUUCCUGAGAAUAAUCCAGUUAAGCGAAGAGGACUGAUUCGGGUAUGGAUAGCUGAGGGAUUUGUAACAGAAGAGAGAGACAAGACUCUUGAAGAGGUGGGGGAAGAGUACCUGAAGGAGCUUAUUGGCAGGAGUCUGAUAAAGGCAAAUGAAAUGAACUUUGAUGAAAGGCCAAUAACUGUCUGAAUUGAGAAGCGGUGGUGGCCUUUCAGAUAUUAUGAGAGUGCUUUCUGCAAGUUACAAGGAUUUACCUUACCAUCUCAAGUAUUGCUUCUUAUACAUGAGUAUUUUUCCUGAGAAUAAUCCAGUUAAGCGAAAAGGACUGAUUCAGGUAUGGAUAGCUGAGGGAUUUGUAACAGAAGAGAGACAAGACUCUUGAAGAGGUGGGGGAAGAGUACCUGAAGGAGCUUAUUGGCAGGAGUCUGAUAAAGGCAAAUGAAAUGGACUUUGAUGAAAGGCCAAUAACUGUUGGAGUCCAUAGUCUCAUGCAUAGGAUAAUUCUCUCAGUUUCACCAGAGGAGAACUUCUGUACUGUUUGUGCAGGACCAGAAGGAAACUUGACUGACAUACCCCGACGCCUAUCCAUCUAGACGGGAACUUUGAUGUGUCUCAGGACUUAACCUGUGUUCAAACUUUUUUCAGUUUCAGUACAGGUAGGGUAAACAUAGGCUCGAAUUUCAAACUAUUGAAGGUUUUGGACAUACAAAGCACUCCUUUGGGAAACUUUCCGAGUGCCAUUACAGAUCUUGUGCUCUUGAGGUACUUGAGUUUGAGGAAUACAAAUAUAAGAAGCAUCCUCAAAUAUUUUUCUUUGCCGACAAUGAAAUCAUGUUGACCCAUAAAUUAUUAUUAGAUUUAUGAGAAAACUUAGAAUUUCUCUAUUUUCUUUUCUGA